AUUUAUUAUAUAUAAAAUAGAUCUUUUAUACGAAUAUUUCAGAACUUAGCAAAAUAUUUUAGAAUUUAGCAAACGAAGUGGUUAGAAUAAUUCAAGCACAAAUCUCUUAAGAUUUAACGAUAGUUCCUUCGCUUAUAGUUCUUUAAAUAGACAGUCUAUUUUAUUCAUAACAUAUCGAAAGACAUAUAUUGCAUACAAAAAGAAGCACAAAAUUAAUAAAGCGAUGACACAUUUCUGCAUGAACUGUGUUCGAUUUAAGUGUACCGUAAUACUGGAUCUUAUGUGUCAGUGAAUUGUAUUUUAAUAAUAUUCCGUUUAAUAUGAAAUACACGUUCAUGUAUUUUUACAAAAGAUUAUAAGAAAAAUUAGAAAUUUGUAUAGGGCAUUUUAUAGUAAUAUUAUUUGUCAAUAUAAUAAAUCGUUCAAAAAUUAUUUUAUAUAUGUUGAAUCACAACGUACGUACAACUAUUAGAUUAGUUGUAAACACUUUUCGAAUUCAUGAAGGAAAUAGUAAUAAUCUGAUCUAUGGGAAAUGUUAUAAAUCAUUUAAACCGAUGGUUUUGCAAUUUUUAGAAGAAAGAUUAAAGUAUAACAUCCAUUCUAAAGAAACUUUGUCAAAUACAUUAAAAAAUGGGAUAGAUAAUAGUGUAUCUAGAACUACUACAGAUGACAAGAAAUAUAAUACAUCUUUAAUAGAUUUAAAAAAAAUUCAGAAAAAAGAGACGUUAAAUGCAUUAAUAAAUUUUAUGUAUCAACAGCCCGUAUAUGUAUUGCUCCAUGAAAUAAAUGAUAUUGAUAUAAAAUUUUGUAACCUUUUAGAGGUUAUGUCGUACUGCGAUAUUUUUAAAUUAUUAUUAUUUUUAAGUAAAACUGUAUCUUAUAAAAUUAUAGAACUGAAUUUCUAUAUUAAAGCCAUAGAAUUAUUGCGGGAAGGAAUAUCAAGUAAUAUUUUUAAUAAAGAUGAAAUCAUGCUCUGCCUUUACUUCUUUGGUUUAAGAAAAGAUAAAGCAAUAAAAGAUAUACAAAUGACUUGGAAAUAUGUGGAAUUUGAAAAAUUAUCAUUACUUGAAAAAUGCAUUGCAUCAGAGACAUUAUUUAAAUGUGGAAUUAAAUUAAUACAAAAGCAUAUAGAACAUGUUGAAAAGUUAAUAGAAAGCGAAGCUACAUUUCUGAUUAAUAAUUUAAAUUUACUUGUACCAUUAUGCAAAGUUGUACGACAUGCUGGAGCUACAAAAAAUUUUUUUCCAAGCAAUUUAAACAAAGAAAUAAUUAACCAUAAUCAUAGAUAUCACAUAAUAUCAGCAGUGCAUAUUUUAAAAUUAUAUUCACAUAUGUACCUAUUGGAACCUACAGUAUUAAAACGGCUAGUCACAGAUAUAAUAGACAAUAUAUCAUCGAUAAAUAAAACGAUUAAAGAUGAAUCAAAUUUCCAUAAGAAACAAAUCUAUAAAUCUAAAUACAUAGAUGGAUUUUUAUGGAGCAUUUGUAUAUUAAAUUACAAAUUAACAGAUCCACAAUUAUUAGAAGUUAAAAAUUAUGUCAAUAAUAUACAAUCUGUUAUUUUUAAUGAACCAAAGGAAUUAUUACGUAUAUUAUUGUCAUUAUGGAUUCUUGGAUAUCAAGCAGAAUUUAUGAUAGAGGAAUGUAUUAAAAGAAAUAUUUUUGUGGAAGCACAUAAUAACAAAUUUUGGAAAAUAAGAACUAGCUUAUGUUUAUUACUUCAUACUAUUCAAACUGAAUCUCCAAAUAUUAAAUUGCCUAGUGAUUUGUUUACUGAGGUAUAUGUUGCUAUGAAGAUACAGAAAUCUUUAAAAACUAUAUGUACAAUUAUAAAUGGACUUUCCGAACAAAUGAAACUUCAAAAUAUUAUUAUCAACUCUCCUGCAAAAGGAAUAUAUAUUGCAGGUGUUAGUUUUGAUCAUUCAACUUUAGGAUCUUUUCAUAUCGAUGUGUUAAAUGACAUCACAUGUUUACGGAAUUCUAAAAUUCCACAUGGUCUUAUGAAUUUAAAACUUAGACUGAUCAAACAGCUUGGUUAUCAGUCUAUACUAAUCGAUGAAGAUGAUAUUAAGGAUACAAUUUCUACCUUUAAAUAUGUUGAAAAGUGUUUGGUUGGAAUACUAUGUAUUAAGUAAUAAAUAUUUUAU